GGCGGCGGCGGCGGCGGCGGCGGCGGCGGCGGCGGCGGCGGCGACGGCGGCGGCGACGACAGACGGACAAACAGCAUGAAGCCCCGGCCCGUCGGCUUCGUAGACCAGAAGCUGAAGCAUCGAGUCGUGCAGUACCUGUCCAGUAACAGAUGUGGCAAAUAUGUGGACACUGCAGUCUUAGCAUCUGACUUACAAAGAAUGUACAGUAUGGACUAUGGACGAAGAAAGAGAAAUGCUUUCAGGAUUCAGGUGGAAAAAGUAUUUAGCCUAAUUAGUAAUGAGAAAGAAAGCAAGGCUCUCACAGAGUUAGAAGAUGAACAUCUAGCAAAAAGAGCAAGACAAGAUGAAGAGGAUAAUGAAUACACUGAAAGCUAUUCUGAGGAUGAUUCAGAUGUGGAAGUUUAUCCAGAUCAACAGUCAGCCAAUCAUAUGAACAGUUCGCUGCUCUCCUUAUAUCGGAAAGGAACUUCUGUGUCAAGCACUCCUGGGACGGAGCAAAGAGAUAGCGGUGCUUCAACACCACGGACAGCUUCCAGAGCCCCCAUUCCUUUGACGACUGCUGCUGAUAGUUCUGAAGGAGGCUGGUUUAUUGACAAAACUCCAGGUGGAAAGAGAGACAGUUUUUUCUCAGACUUGUCAGUUGAGAGAAGUAAUCAGAAGAAGCCUGUAUCUGAGAUUGAGGAUUCCAAAGAUUCAUUUCUGGAGAGUGACCAAAAAGGGAAAGUCAGGCAAAAAAAGAAAAGAAACAAAAGGAAUAUGGAGCUUCAGGAGGUUGAUGGAGUGAUAGAAACUACCCUGCAAAAGAAAGCCAGAGCCCACGGGCCAGAUCUGCAGGUAUCCAGUGUGAAGUUUGAAGACAUCGGCGGCAAUGAUGCGACUUUGAGAGAAGUCUGCAAGAUGCUGAUCCACAUGCGGCACCCUGAAGUGUACCAGCGCCUGGGUGUCACCCCCCCCUGCGGAGUCCUCCUGCACGGCCCGCCGGGCUGCGGGAAGACGUUGCUCGCACACGCCAUUGCUGGGGAACUUGAUCUUCCGAUCCUGAAAAUUGCUGCCACAGAGAUUGUUUCUGGAGUCUCCGGGGAAUCUGAACAGAAGCUGAGAGAACUGUUUGAACAAGCCGUGUCAAAUGCACCCUGUGUCCUUUUUAUUGACGAGAUUGAUGCUAUAACUCCCAAAAGAGAAGUCGCUUCAAAAGAUAUGGAACGAAGAAUCGUAGCCCAGCUGCUAACCUGCAUGGAUGAUCUGAACAACGUGGCCACGACAGCCCAGGUCCUCGUCAUCGGAGCCACUAACAGGCCAGACUCCUUAGACCCUGCGCUGAGGCGGGCGGGAAGAUUCGAUCGAGAGAUAUGUCUAGGCAUCCCGGACGAGGCGUCGAGAGAGAGGAUCCUUCAGACUUUGUGUAGAAAACUGAGACUUCCUGAAGCUUUCCAGUUCCGUCACUUGGCCCACCUCACCCCGGGCUUCGUGGGCGCAGACCUGAUGGCGCUGUGUCGCGAGGCUGCUGUGUGUGCCGUCAGCCGGGUGUUGGCACAGCUGCAGGAGCAGCGGAGACAAGGCCCCGAGAGUGAAGGGCUGCCCGCUGAGGGAGGCCAGCAGGAGGGCACUGGAAUGGAGCCCAUCGCAGAGGCUCAGAAUGAGCUGCAGAGGAUGUUGGGGUUGCUGAGAGACCAAGACCCCCUCUCUGACGAGCAGCUGCAGGGGCUGUGCAUCGAGCUGAACGAUUUCACAGCUGCCCUAUCCUCAGUCCAGCCCUCUGCCAAGAGGGAGGGCUUUGCCACUGUCCCCAAUGUCACCUGGGCAGAUAUUGGUGCCCUGGAAGAUAUUCGGGAGGAGCUCACCAUGGCCAUAUUGGCACCCGUGCGUAACCCCGAUCAGUUCAAGGCUCUUGGAUUGGUGACCCCAGCUGGAGUCCUCCUUGCUGGUCCUCCCGGCUGUGGGAAAACGCUGCUGGCAAAGGCAAUUGCAAAUGAGUCUGGACUAAAUUUUAUAUCUGUCAAGGGCCCUGAGUUGCUGAAUAUGUACGUGGGUGAGAGCGAGCGCGCCGUGCGGCACGUCUUCCAGAGAGCCACCAACUCUGCCCCCUGCGUGAUCUUCUUUGACGAAGUGGAUGCCUUGUGCCCCCGAAGGUCAGAUCGAGAGAACGGGGCGAGUGUCCGGGUGGUGAACCAGCUGCUCACAGAGAUGGAUGGCCUGGAGGCCCGCCGGCAGGUCUUUAUCAUGGCAGCUACGAACAGACCAGAUAUCAUUGACCCUGCAAUCCUGCGCCCAGGCCGCCUGGACAAAACGCUCUUCGUGGGCUUGCCGUCCCCCGAGUCUCGAUUGGCCAUCUUGAAGACGAUCACAAAAAAUGGCACCAAGCCCCCAAUGGAUGCAGAUGUGAGCCUGGGAGCCAUCGCUGGUGACCUGCGCUGUGACGGCUACUCGGGUGCGGACCUCUCAGCCUUGGUGCGGGAAGCUUCUCUCUGUGCCCUGAGACAGGAGAUGGCGAGACAUGGGAGCGGAGACGGAGGAGGUGAGCUCAAAAUCAGCCAGAAGCACUUUGAAGAAGCCUUCAAGAAAGUGAAACCAUCUCUAUCCAAAAAGGAUCAGGUGAUGUACGAGGCCCUGCAGCGCUCCCUCAGCCGCUGACCUCGCUUCAGCGCCUCCUCCGGCCAGAGCCCAAGAGACACCCUGCCUCCUCUGGAAGAAAAAGAAAAGCAAUGCUGCGCUGCUGACACGGCGAUGCUUUCUGUUCACUGUUGAAACGCUCUUGGAUUUAGAGAAGAGCCUCUCCCCGCUGGGCUGUCUGAGAGGAAGCAGAGAGGACGCCUGCCCCUGUGCUCACUCGUGCUCCCCUGCCACACCCGUGCUAUUCUGGGGUGCUGCUGGGCGACCCCGAAAAUACUCCGUGCAGCUCGUCAGAUGCAGACACUGCCCUUCCCCCAGGUGUUGCCAGAUGCAGACACUGCCCUUCCCCCGGGUGUUGCCAGAUGGGGCGGCCGGCUACCAUCCCUUUGGCCAGGACCCAGCUGACACUUUCUGAAGAACUUCCGCAUCAUUUCUCACAGCACUGCUGUGUCCGAGUUCAGGUUUGUUGGAAAAGUCAUGACACUCCUCACGUAGAAAGAAAUGUCAUGACUUACGACCACUCAAUAUAGGGGUUGCUUACCUA